UUGUCCUUUCUUGGACGCCGUAGAAUCCGUCCAAAAAACGUGAAUGUGGCGUCCUUCCGUCACCGAGUUCCAGUUUCCAUUUGAACGCACGUUUCUAACAACACGUUCAACUUUAUUUCAAAAAAGCAUCGACGUGGGAUUUUGAAAUUUCUUCUUCGCGUGUGCCCUUAAACGCCUCAUCGCAGAGAGCUAGCUUAAUUAAGCUAAGCGGCUACUUCACGGCAGCUUUAAAAAGGACGUAAACAUCCCAUUUAUUUAUAGCCGUAACCCGUGACGUCAUCAUCAACAUGUCGGCGGAAAACGAGUCUAGGAAGCGCGGCAAGAAGUACUUUGGCGGUGGCCAGUAUCACGCCAAACGCUGGAGGGGCUCCAGGGAGCUCGAGGUGGGCAUGCAGGGCAUCCUGAUAACAUGCAACAUGAACCAGAGGAAGUGCACGGCCGAGGCCUUCAACCUGCUCAGCGAGUAUGCCGACCAGCUGUAUGGACCCGAGAAGUUUGAAGAGGAUCCUAAAGGCUGCAACGGUGAAGAAGAAAAUGCAGAAGAGGAAGAAGAAGAUGUAGAGGAGGCGCUGAAGAAGGAAGUGGCGCAGCUACGGGCUAACGGCGGCAGGCAAGAACGACGUUUCCAGGCGCUUGAAAGUGGUGCCAACAAUGUCAUAUUCAUCAGGACUCGCAAUUUGGAAUCCGAUAGGUUGGUUCAUCACAUCUUGUCCGAUCUGCACGCAACCAAGAAAAAGAAGACACGUGUCAUCCUUCGCAUGCUGCCGGUAACGGGCACAUGCAAGGCCUUCCCAGAGGACAUGAUAAAGUAUCUGACCACCUUCCUGGAGCCCUGGUUCAAAAAGCCCAACUGCGCCACCUACCAGAUUGCCUUCAAAGCGCGCAACAACAGCCACAACAAGAGAGACGAUGUCAUCAAAGCCAUUGCCGGUCUGGUGGGCAAGCUGAACCCCAAAAACAAGGUGGACCUGACCCAGCCGGACCUCACCAUCAUCUUGGAGGUGAUCAAAUCCGUGUGUUGUGUCAGUGUGGUCCGCGAGUACAUGCGCUACAGGAAGUACAACCUGCAAGAAGUGGUUAAGGAGGAAGAGCCCAAAAAGGAAGAAGGUGGUACCAUAAUUGAAAAAGUACCUGCAGAACCUGCCAGUGAGGAGGAAGCGGCCACCAAGCAGGAAGACGACACUUUGACCGAAACCGCCAACGUCGUGGGCGACUGUAAGACGGAAGCAGCUAAGGAGGAGGAAGGCUGCACUGCAAAUGAAAAAGAAGCAGCAAAAAAGCAAGGCGACACAGUUUCCAAAACUGCAGCAGCAGAUGUUAGCGGGGAGGACCCUGCUGAGGAAGACAUGGAGGAAGAAUCUACAAAGCAGGACAAUGACAAUAAGGUUGAUGGAGAGUAACUUUUUAGUUAAUUUUUUUGUUGUCAAAAUCAAGCGAGGUUAGUGAGCAGUCAAUGGUGUGUUUUUAACCCUCCAACUUUUUUUAUUUCAUUUACAUUGUAGAUUGCGUUAUACAUGUCUUCAUGAAUUCUGUUUUUCUGUAAGAGAAAAGUUCAGAAUUAAAUAUGAUUUUGAUUUGUG